GCCGCCUCUCCCUCCACACGGCUCCAGAGGCGGCGGAGUUUAGGAAAAGACUAAGCUGUCAAUCAUAAUUAAGGAACCACGCGGACUGAAACUGGGAGGAAGGCCCACAGCAUUCUUGGUGAAAAAGCACCGUAUUCGUCGUGGGAUAAAUAUGCGUCCGAAACAGAAGAAAAUAAACACCCAGUUGCGCAAAGAACGGUUGGUUCCACUCUGAUUGAAAUAGCAAAAACCCAUAACAGAACACGAAACUUGUCGAGUUUCACUUGCUGGCGCCAGGCUUGAUUCGACUAUUCUGAUUGGAAAACGAAAACAAGCGUCCGGUGUUCGGCAGGAGGCACACUCCCGGAGGAAGGCAGCCGCGGAGGUUUGCUAAACGACGACAACUUGGAAAUAGCCCCCAACUUCGGCUUCCACAACCCAAACUUGUUGACGUGAGGAGCGAAGAUGAGCGGGGGAGAUGUGGUGUGUUCGGGCUGGUUGAGAAAGUCGCCUCCUGAAAAAAAGUUGCGACGUUACGCAUGGAAGAAGCGCUGGUUCAUUCUUCGGAGUGGCCGUCUGACAGGUGACCCAGAUGUGCUGGAGUACUAUAAGAAUGACCACGCCAAGAAGCCCAUCAGAGUGAUCGACCUCAACCUGUGUGAACAGGUGGAUGCAGGUCUGACAUUCAACAAGAAAGACCUGGAGCACAGCUUCAUCUUUGACAUCAAGACCAUCGACCGCGUGUUCUAUCUGGUGGCCGACACGGAGGACGACAUGAACAAGUGGGUCCGCUGCAUCUGCGACAUCUGUGGCUUUAACCCCACCGACGACGAAGCUGUGAAAGCAGCCCACCAAUCAGGCGGCAGCAGCAGCUCAGUAGUGGACACGCCCCCUCCCCUAGGGGUAGGUGGGGUGCUGGCCGGCGUGCCCCCCCCCUACCAGCCUGUCAGUGUGCGUCACCUGGACUCCCAGUCCAGCCUGGACGAGCCCCAGGACUACCUCUGGCUGGCUAACUGUGAGAGCAAGAAGCCAGAGCCCAACAGUCCAGUACGGGGUGGCCCCUCCCCAGUGGAGUACUUGCUCCUAGAGGAGUGUGAGAGCAGGACUCCUCCUCCUAGUCUGGCUCAUGACUGUUCCAAGUCCACCUCCUCAGAGACUGACCUGAACGACAACCUCCCCUCCCGCCGCACCCCCCCCUCCUCCUCCAAACACACGUCCUCCCACAACGGUGCCCCCUCCCUGUACGACUCCCCCCCCUCCCGUGGGCCCUCGAUAGACUCCGCCUCCCUCUACCACCUCCCCCGCAGCUUCUCCCAGGACACAGUCCUCACCGGCCCCGCCCCCUCGCCCUCCCAGGACCCCGGGGAGGUGGAGCUCUACGUCUUCAACACACCGUCACGGAAACCCUCCAUGGAGACGCAGAUACGGAACCUGUCAGUCAGCUACGACAUCCCGCCCACCCCGGGGAGCAACUGCACCUAUCAGGUCCCUCGUAGCUCCUCCGUGGGGGCGGGGGGGUCAGAGGGCGGGGGGGACGUGCCCCCUCCACGGCCCCCCAAGCCCUCCCUCAGCUCCCUGACAGGGGGGAACCCCCCGGGGCCCCCGGCUGAGCGCUCCCCCUCAGACGUGUACUGCACACCGCGCUCCGUGUCAGAGACGGACGGGAACUACUGUGUUCCCAGCAGUGUUGGGAGCAAAGCACUGCGUAGCAACACCAUCGGCACCAUGGACUCCUCCCGCAUCCGGAAAGCAGAUUUCGGCUCGCAGGAAUGCUAUUCCAUUCCCAGAUCUUUUCCUUCUGACAAAACCUGCUCCUUUGACUUCAACGAGAGCUUCAACAGCUACUUUAUAAACAAGGGCAUGAUGCCAGUGUGUGGGAGCCAGUCCACCGAGGAGGUGGACCAGAACUAUGUGCCCAUGAACCCUAACUCUCCGUCCCAGCUAACCCUAACCCUGGGGCCCUCAGACGGGCCCCAGGAGACCAACUACGUCCCCAUGACCCCUGGCACCCUGGAGUUCUCCUCCCUGGGGAAGCAGGUCCCCCCCCCGGCCCACAUGGGGUUCCGCUCCAGCCCCAAGACCCCCCCACGAAGACCCACACUCAUCAGCGACUGUCAGCCCCCUCCUGUAGAUCGCCACCUCAAACCUGACCGCAAAGGUCAGAGCCCCAAGGUAAUCAGGGCUAAGGGGGCGGGGCUAGAGCGCACCGACUCCCACACUGUGGGGGACUUCAUGAGACAACGCAAGGCUAAACCCGCCCCGCUGGACAUCAAGCCUCUUCCAGAGUGGGAGGAGCCGUGUGCGCCCGUUCGCUCGCCCGUCACCAGGUCGUUCGCCCGGGACUCCUCCAGGUUCCAGCUCCCCCCUCGGCCCCCCUCCCUCCAGAGUGGCUCCAGCUCAGACUCUGACGACUGUGAUGAGAACUAUGUUCCCAUGGUCCCUAGCAUGCCCUCAGACGAGCCCCAGGGCAUGAAGCUGUCCGCUCCCAUGGCAGCAGAUGGAGGGAGCAGCCCACUGGUGAAGCCUAAAGGAGACAAGCAGGUGGAGUACCUGGACCUGGACCUGGACCCUGGCAAGGCCACUCCACCUAAGAAGAAGAGUACCGGCCCGGGGCAGGUGUGCUCAGACGAGCGUGUGGACUAUGUGGUGGUGGACCAGCAGAGGACCCAGGCUCUGAAGAGCACCCGCGAGGCCUGGAACGACGGCCGCCAGUCCACCGAGACAGACACCACCCUCAAGGGUCCCAAGUGACCCUGCCUCUGGCUCUCACUGGUAGAAAUUGUGAUUUCUUCCCUGAAGGUCUACUACUUAUCAAAAAUAUUGUACGGAUCAUCUUUAAAAUCCAGGUUUCUAGAUGUAAGUUUAAGACUUGGUUCAAUGCAAGGUUAAUAAAAGUUUUGUGAUGAAAUGCAACCAAUCAGGGGUCUGAAUGGAGGAAACCCCUCCCCUCAUCCAGGAAGCGGGAGGGGCUCUCGGGUUGAUCUUUACAGGAGGAGAGAGAUGAGACGGACUGUAUAAAAGUGUUAUGUAAAUAAAUGAAAAAAGUGUCCUUUAUUUGUUCACCACAGCCAGUGUGUUCAAUGCUGAGGUGUGUGUAGGGGUGCACACGGAAGUGUGUGUGUGGAUUCUGCAGGGUAGAAUCCUGUGCCUUCGGGUGUGUGUGUGUGUGUCAGGACUGGUUAGAAAACAUGAACGAAUCAAUUACUGUGACAGCUUUUAAUAGAGAGCGCUGGUUUUCUGUGAUUAAUGCAAAGGUAUCAAACUUAGACGGGCAGCGCAGAGAAUGAAAAUCAGGUACUUGUGGAAAAUUCUUUUUUUUAUUAAUCUAUCCAUCUAACUUAUUUUUGUAGUUAUAUGGAGUGGUAUCAAGACGCUUAUGACCCAGUUCUCGUAUUAACCCAGAUCUGAUCAAAGCAAAUAAAUUAAUAGAAAGUACUAUUUGUAAAGUGCCUUCUUGACAACAUUCACAGUAGUUGAGAUGACUCAUUCCAGAAGUAACUCUGACAUGUCAACGCUGUUUUCUGUUUUUUAAUUUAUUUUAAAUGAAUCUAUCUUUACACACUUUCCGGGGAAUUAAUUGAUUGCCUCAUGUAGACAACUUGGUCUUGUGUAAAUAGAGAAUGUUUGACUUCAGAGUGGCAAGUUUAAUGAACUGUGACGCUCUUGUCCUGGCCCUUGCAUGUGCUCCUGUCUGAAGAAAAGCUCGGCUGUAUAAAUGUUGCACCUGCUAUUCUAGCAUGUAUUCUUUUGUAUUGAAUCCUGCGCCUAUACUGUCCUCUUGACGCCCCCCCUCCCCUCUCUCUCAUUGCGGUCAAGUCAUGAGUCAUGAUGUAAACCUGUCAAUGCUUUCUUUUUUAAUGAAUCAAAGAAUACAAUUUUGAUUUUAAAGUAAACUAAAUAAAUAACUACUUUUAUGCAU